GCCUGGGAUCGGGAGCGCGCACGCCGUGCGUCCCAAGGCUCGCUCGGGAUUCUCGCCUGGUGCCGCAGGGAAAGGCCAACGGUUUGCUCCGCCAUGUUCUUCUCCGCGGCGCUCCGGGCCAAGGCGGCCGGUCUCACGGCCCAGUGGGGGAGACAUAUAAGGAAUUUACAUAAGACAGCUGUACAAAAUGGAGCUGGAGGAGCCUUAUUUGUGCACAGAGAUACUCCUGAGAAUAACCCAGAUACUCCAUUUGAUUUCACGCCAGAAAACUAUAAGAGGAUAGAGGCAAUUGUAAAAAACUAUCCAGAAGGACAUAAAGCAGCAGCUGUGCUCCCAGUCCUGGAUUUAGCCCAAAGACAGAAUGGAUGGCUGCCCAUCUCAGCUAUGAACAAGGUUGCAGAAGUUUUACAAGUACCUCCAAUGAGAGUAUAUGAAGUAGCAACUUUUUAUACAAUGUAUAAUCGAAAGCCAGUUGGAAAGUAUCACAUUCAGGUCUGCACUACUACACCUUGCAUGCUUCGAAACUCUGACAGCAUACUGGAGGCCAUUCAGAAAAAACUUGGAAUAAAAGUUGGGGAGACUACACCUGAUAAACUUUUUACUCUUAUAGAGGUGGAAUGUUUAGGGGCCUGUGUAAAUGCACCAAUGGUUCAAAUAAAUGACAACUACUAUGAGGAUCUGACACCUAAGGAUAUCGAAGAAAUUAUUGAUGAGCUCAAAGCCGGCAAAGUUCCAAAACCUGGGCCAAGGAGUGGACGCUUCUCUUGUGAGCCAGCUGGAGGUCUUACCUCUUUGACUGAACCACCCAAAGGACCUGGCUUUGGUGUGCAAGCAGGACUUUAAUUUAUAUUCAGCUGUAAAUAUUGUCACUGGAGAAAUAAAAAGGAAUCUCCUAUCUACAUAAA